UCCCUUCUUAAAAAAACCAAUCGUCUUUAGCUCAUGUAUCAGUGGAAACCGCGAACAGCCUCUGUUAGGGGUUCAGGAACAAAAGCGGAAUCAACGGAAGAGAACAUUCAAAUUUAAAAUCUACGGAUCAUGAAGCCUCUCCCGCCCUCUGCUUAUAAACAGCCCAUCAAAUUCAGAAUCCCAACUGCUGAAAAUUUAGUUCCUAUCCGUGUGGAUGUGGAAGUUGAUGGACAACAUUUCAAAGAUGCAUUUACAUGGAACCCUUCUGAUCCUGAUUCUGAAGCACUGAUGUUUGCAAGAAGGACGGUGAAAGAUUUGAAACUCCCUCAGGCAUUCGUAACUCCCAUUGCUCAAUCUAUUCAGACACAGGUGAGCGAGUUUCGAUCAUAUGAAGGACAGGAGAUGCAUACUGGGGAGAAGCUUGUGCCUAUCAAGCUUGAUCUUCGGGUUAAUAGGACUGUCGUAAGGGAUCAGUUUUUGUGGGACUUGAACAAUUUCGAGAGUGAUCCUGAAGAGUUUGCGAGGACCUUUUGCAGUGAUCUUGAAAUCAGAGACCCUGAAGUUGGACCUGCAAUUGCAGUUGCAAUCAGGGAGCAGCUUUAUGAGAUAGCCAUCCAAAGCGUCGCCUCAGCAAGGGAAACCAGGGUAAGCAAAAAGGGUCGCCGAGGGGUAGAACAUGUUACAGUUAGUAAAUCAGGAGGGACUGCCUUGGACUUGAUGAAGUUAUUCGGUAGCAAGGCAAGUGUUGUCCGUAAAAGGAAGGAGUGGGACGUUUAUGAGCCCAUUGUUGAUAUUCUUUCGCCUGAGGAAGUGGAGGUUCUUGAUGCAAGAGAAGAGCGAAAUGCUCGGCUGAAGAAAAAGCUUGAUGACAAAGAUGAUGGGUAUUUGACACGCUUCACACGCAGCUGAACUUUGCUGGCUAGGCAUUCAGAUCUUGUGGAUUAGGUGCUGCCAUGCUGGAUGGCAUCACAGUGGCCAUUGAUUCUGCUGUUCUGUGUGCAUGUGUGCAUGUGCAUGUCUGAAAAUAGCAGUUCUUCUUAACAGCAUUUCAUUAUUUUGUAAUGUAAGAUGUUACGCCUGCACGUGUUCUUUGUUUGAUUACAUUUUUUCUGAAAAUUGAAGGGCCUGUUUGGGCUACAAAUUACAUCAGUAAUGUACUAUAAAUGUGAAAUGACUACAAAUGCCUUUACCCGACUUCUGAAAACAUUACAUUUGACCGACAA